CGCUAGGUCCGACCGUAGGACAUGAACGAGCGGUUGAUGAGCUUUCAGCCUUCGAUCGAACGCGGGUAAUUGUUUCUACUGCUUAAACCCUGAAAGGAAAACCCGGGUGUAAGCUGGGUCGUGACCCAAGAGCGUAACGGAAAAGGAAUGCGUAGAGUGAGGAUUCCUUUGCGGUCAAUCGCAGACACCUUUUGUAAAUCGAAAUCACGUGAACAUGGACGACGAAAUGUGACCGGAAGAUUGGAAUUAUGUAGAACUGUUGCAACUAUCAAUGGUCAUGUGUGUUUGGGAUAUGGAGAAGAGUCAAGAACAAAGACCUUGCAGCUUCAAAUUGUUGAUGCGCUUCGCUUGGGUGAGAGAAGUAGAGCUUCUAGCCUGCUGUCUGAUCUUGGUGAUGGAAACCAGCCACUGAAAGCUGAUGACUUUGUUUACAUUCUUAACUACUGCGCAAAAUCACCUGAUCCUCUGUUUUUUAUGGAAACGUGGAGAUUGAUAGAGCAAAAGGAGAUUGGCUUGAAUAACAAAUGCUGUUUGCUUAUGGUGCAAGCUCUUUGUAGAGGAGGUUAUUUGGAGGAGGCAUGCAAUUUGAUUAAAUUUCUUGGAGAGAAUCGUGGCAUCUAUCCUUUUCUGUCAGUCUAUAACUCUUUCUUGGGAGCCUGUGCAAAAAUGCAAACUGCAGUUCAUGCUAAUCAAUGUUUGGAUUUGAUGGAGCGCCAAAGGGUGGGGAAAAAUGAAAUUACAUAUUCAGAGCUUCUCAAGCUUGCAGUUUGGCAGCAAAAUCUAUCUGCAGUCCAUGAAAUUUGGAAGGACUAUAUUAAGCACUACAGUCUAAACAUAAUUUCUCUUCGAAAGUUUAUAUGGUCCUUUACGAGAUUGAAAGAUUUAAAAUCUGCAUAUGAAACAUUGCAACAUAUGGUGGCUUUAGCCAUUAGUGGCAAGAUAUUUGUUAGUAGGACUGGUGAAGGAAGGUUAUAUUCUUCAAGACUGGACAUCCCUAUACCAUCCAAAGGUGAAUCAGGGUCACAAAAAGUAGAAUUGGGAGAGAACGAGCAAGAUUUUGCUUUGAAAUUUGACACUGAUACCUCCAACGUAGAGAUAUGCAAGUCCUUGAGAGCUACAGUUGGUAUUUUGAAUAACUAUAAGAGCAUGCCUGUUAUGAAAGUCCUGAGGUGGUCUUUCAGUGAUGUAAUACACGCUUGUGCACAAGCUCGAGAUUAUAAACUAGCAGAGCACUUGAUGGUGCAGAUGCAAAAUCUUGGAUUGCAACCAUCAAGUCAUACAUAUGAUGGCUUUAUGAGAGCUGUUCUCCCAACAAGAGGAUUUAGUGCUGGCAUGGAAAUGUUAAAAGUAAUGGAAGAGAGGAAUAUGAAGCCUUAUGCUUCAACUCUUGCAGCUCUUUCGGUACAAUGUAGUAAAGCCUUAGAACUUGACUUAGCUGAGGCUUUGCUGGAUCAAGUUUGUGAAUGUCCACAUCCAUAUCCUUAUAAUGCUUUCUUUGGAGCAUGUGAUACUAUGGAUCAGCCAGAGCGAGCUAUUCGGCUAUUGGCUAAAAUGAGACAACGAAAGCUUCAGCCAGAUAUCCGGACAUAUGAACUACUAUUUUCGUUGUUUGGUAAUGUGAAUGCUCCUUAUGAAGAGGGCGAUAUGUUGUCACAGGUUGACUCAACCAAACGGAUAAAGGCUAUAGAAAUGGAUAUGGCUAAAAAUGGUGUUCAGCAUAGUCAUUUAUCAAUGAAGAACUUGCUAAAAGCCCUUGGAGCUGAGGGGAUGACAAGAGAGCUGCUUCAUUAUUUACAUAUUGCCGAGAAACUUUUCUGCCAUACCAACACUUAUAUGGGAGCUCCCAUCUAUAAUACAGUUCUGCACUCACUCAUUGAGGCUGCAGAGAGUCAAAUGGCGAUAGAAAUAUUUAAAAAUAUGAAAUCAUGUGGUCUCCAACCCUGUGCUGCAACAUACAAUAUAAUGAUUGAUUGUUGUAGCACCAUGAGAUGUUUCAAAUCUGCUUGUGCACUAGUUUCCAUGAUGGUGCGUAAUGGUUUUUAUCCAGAGACAAUGACAUACACAUCUCUAAUAAAGAUAUUGCUGGAAUAUGAAAAUUUUGAUGAAGCAAUAAAUCUUCUGGAUCAAGCAAGUUUAGAAGGGCAUCAACUGGAUGUAAUAUUGUAUAAUACCAUACUUUUUAAAGCAAGUGAAAAGGGAAGAAUCGACAUAAUGGAAUUUACUCUUGGGCAGAUGCACCAACACAAAGUCCAGCCUGACCCGUCAACCUGCUAUUAUGUAUUUUCUGCAUAUGUUGAUCGUGGUUUUCACAACACUGCCAUGGAAGCAUUGCAGGUUUUGAGCAUGUGGAUGAUCUCUGACGAAGACAGCACACUUGAAGAAAAGAAGGGACAAUUUGAGGAUAAUUUUGUGCUUUCCGAGGACUUGGAAGCUGAGUCGAGGAUACUCCAGGUUUUUAAGGAUUCUGAGGAGCAUCUUGCCAUCGCUCUUUUGAAUUUAAGAUGGUGUGCUAUACUUGGGUUUCCAGUCUCUUGGUCACCUAACCAAAGUGGAUGGGUUAGCAGACUCAAAACUAAUUAUGACAGAGCAGGGAGCACUGUGUUAUAAGCGUAGCAACAGCUAAAAUGCCUUCUAAUCAGCUCUUUUUGCAGCAUUCAAUCUCAAAAACUGCCCUCGAUGUCGUGAAAGCUUUGCUGUUCACAAGGGUGCCCCAGCUCAGUAGAACACACCAAAUCAGGCGGUAAUGAGGCCAUUGUAGAUAUCUAACGGUUUUCCAUUUGCUUGCUUGAGCUCAAGUCCGCAUAGGACGAAUGAAAGAUGCUAAGGUUCUUCACACCUUGCAACCAUGUUUAUGGUUAGGAGUUGAGGCGGACUACAAGGCUUUAAUUGCUUGCAAUCAGAGGAGGCAGCAGGACUUCCACUCGCAAAGUACUGACAAAUCACAAGAGCCAUUCAAGGAUAUUAACUAAUGUUAGCAAUGGCAGCGGAGCAAAGAUUAAGCGAAUGACAUAGAAAUCCUUGGUGAUUGACAACACACAGGGAUGUCGAUAAGGAAUUUGAUCUUUUAACUUAAUAGCGCAGAUGGGCAUUCAAACUGUUGAAAGAACGAUUUUGCAGCAGUGUAACUUUGUUCAACCAAAACCUCAACUUAGCUGUGUUUAAAGUUAGAAUUCCUUUGGAAAAGGCUCGUGUAAUCAAUAAGUUUCAAGUUAUUAUAAGAAGCCAACCAUGCACGGCAUGCACAAAAUUUCCACC